AUAUUCUUGAAACCCCUCCUCUCUCUCUCUAACUCUCUCCCACUCUCUCUCCUUCUAUAAAAUCUAAAUCUUAGAAGCAUUUGACUUGCUUCACCUAUAAAUAUGGGAUUUUAUGCUGCCAUUUUCAUUGUAAGCAUCUUCAUCAUAUGGCUAACAAUUUUUGUUCAUAGAUGGAGGAACCCUAGAUGCAAUGGCAGGCUCCCCCCUGGCUCGUUGGGCUUGCCGAUCAUCGGCGAAACCCUUCACUUCUUCAAGCCCAACACGUCUAAUGACAUACCCCCCUUUGUUAAAAAGAGGGUAGAGAGAUAUGGACCGAUAUUCAAAACAAGCUUGGUUGGUCGCCCUAUUGUUGUUUCAACUGAUCAUGAGCUCAACAACUUUGUCUUCCUACAAGAAGGGAAACUGUUCGAAAGUUGGUACCCUGAAACGUUCACCGAGAUCUUUGGACGAGACAAUGUGGGCUCUUUACAUGGAUUCAUGUACAAAUACCUAAAGAGUCUAGUUCUUAAACUCUUUGGCCCUGAAAGCCUCAGAGAGAAACUACUAAGCGACGUUGAGAAGUCUGCUAGCAUGAGUCUAAGCUCAUGGUCAGGACUUUCAAGCAUUGAGCUCAAAGAUGGCAUAUCGACUAUGAUAUUCAACCUCACGGCUAAAAAAUUGAUCAGUUAUGAUGCUUCAAAGUCAAAAGAGAACCUGAAAGAUAGUUUCGUUGCUUUCAUUGCGGGACUGAUAUCAUUUCCAGUUAAUAUUCCAGGAACUGCUUACAAUAAAUGUCUCCAGGGAAGGAACAAGGCAAUGAAAGUGCUGAAGGAUUUGUUAACUGAGAGAAAGCAUUCACCAAAUAGGCAGUGCAUCGACUUCUUUGAUUUCGUUAUCGAAGAGCUGAAGAAGGAGAAGCCAGUCUUAACGGAGUCAAUUGCUCUGGAUUUAAUGUUUGUUCUUCUGUUUGCAAGCUUUGAGACUACAUCCUUAGCAAUGACAUUAGCGAUGAAACUUUUAGCAGACCAUCCUAAAGUCUUAGAGGAAUUAACGCUAGAGCAUGAGGCUAUUCUUAGAAAUAGGGAGAACCCAGAUUCCGGAAUCACAUGGCAGGAAUAUAAAUCUAUGAACUUCACAUUUCAGGUUAUCCAUGAAACGGCAAGGUUAGCAAAUAUUGUACCGGGCAUAUUCAGAAAAGCAUUGAAAGAUAUCCAAGUAAACGGAUUUACGAUUCCUGCAGGUUGGGGAGUGAUGGUAUGUCCUCCCGCUGUUCACUUGAAUCCCGAGAUAUACGAAGAUCCUCUUUCUUUCAAUCCAUGGAGAUGGAAGGGUAAGUCUGAAUUAAGUGGGGGAUCAAAGAAUUUCAUGGCUUUUGGAGGAGGGAUGAGGUUUUGUGUAGGUACAGACUUCACCAAGCUUCAGAUGGCAGUUUUCCUCCAUUGCUUGGUUACAAAGUACAGAUGGAAGCCCAUUAAAGGAGGGAACAUAAUUCGAACUCCGGGAUUAGGAUUUCCUGAUGGUUAUCAUGUCCAAAUUAUCCCUAAAGAAUGAAACCAGCAUAGACAUAUAACGAAUUAUAUGUUGCGGUAGAGAUUUUGAACACCUACUGUUGGACAAGGAUUCAGUGUUGUUGCUUUCCAAUAUUUUAUCAUUCUAUUGUCUUGAAGAAAAUGGAAAAAAAAAAGAAAAAAAAAAGUGUUGUAGUGUAGUACGUAUUGUAAUAGUUUUGCUGGGGUUUCAUGUAGUGUAUUACGUAUCGCUGUUUGAUCAUAGCCGUAGGUAGUUUGUGUGAGUGUACAGUUGUAAACAUGAAAGAAAGUUUAUAAAGUAUUGUAGUUUG